UUCAAAUUCAUUUCCGGAUUCGUCAAACGCCAACAAACAGUUUAAUAGUAUGCGAGACGGGGUUUUGUGGGCUAUGUGGGUGUGUUUCUUCCGUUCCUUGGUGAAGCUCCUCACUCUGACCAUUUUGGUCGCGAUAGUUCUGUCUGCUCUUCGAAAUGCAACUGUCAAGGAAGUUACGAAGCCAAGCCCCCUUUCCGCAGAAGAGUACAGGCUACUCUCCCCCGAAACGUACUCUUAUAUUUUCAAUCAGCCUGACGCUUGUAAGAAGAGAAGUCCCUUCCUGGUGUUUAUGGUGCCAGUGGCACCUCUGGAUUCGUCGGCAAGGGAUGCCAUAAGAGAAACGUGGGGUGCUGCAGGUCAGUCCACCAUUACACUGUUUUACAUGGGGGUGCCUAAGGAAGGACAGGUGAAAAGCAUCCAGGACAAGCUGGAGGAGGAGAGCAAUAACUAUUCAGAUGUCAUCCAGAUGAACUUCUUGGACAGUUAUGAGAAUCUCACAAUAAAAAGCAUGAUGAUCAUGAACUGGCUGGCGACCUACUGCCCCAACACCACCUAUGCCAUGAAGGUGGAUGCAGACAUAUUUGUGAAUGUAUUCUUUCUUGUCAGAUUACUGAGCAGCGCUCCCAGGAAUAAUUACAUUGCAGGAUCGGUGAUAACCGAUGGCAAGCCAAGGAGGGACCGCAACAGCAAGUGGCACCUGUCAAAGCAGCUGUACCCUGAGGACAGCUUCCCUUCAUAUGUGUCAGGUGCUGGGUACGUCUUCUCAAUAGACAUGGCCGCCAAGGUGUCAUGGGCUUCCAGGUUCGUCCGAAGGAUCCCGAUAGAGGACGCCUACGUGGGAUUGUGUCUGCACGUGCUUGGUGUACAGCCUGUCCCCUCGAGAAGAUGGCUUGUAUUCGGGAGGAGCCUCUUUGAAAUCCGGAAUCUGGACUAUGACAGGUGCACUUUUGCCAGACUUGUUCUCAUCAAUGGCUUUCAGCCUUCUCAGUUGCGGCAAGCUUGGAAGGAUUUCUCACAAGGCUAUAAAAGCUGCUGAAUUUGAAUUUGAAUUAAGUGCUUCAGAGGUGGAUCUCUUGUCAGAGUUUGAAACAACCAAGAGUUUAAAAGCGUAUGCAGAGACGGUAAUAUGACCUAUUUUUAUUGCCUAUUUUAAAAACACACUGUCUGCCUCACUUUAGAACCAUAUCUUUGCUGCCAGGUGGAAACCACAUGUUUCGCAUGAUGGUCUAUUAUUGUAUAGAUGUACUGUUUUUUACACUAAUGGCUUCAAUUGAUCUGGGCCUGAUUUUGUCUGUUAGUUUUAUGCAUUAUUAGCCUGUUUAAAGUGUUGAAUAUAGCUUGAUAACAAAUCUAUUAACAUUCUUAGACACUCACCUGUGGACACUCACCUGUCAUCCAUUUUGUUAUAAAACACCUGAUGACUCAACAUUAAUUUGCUUUUGUGAAAUGGCACUGGCUCAUGUUGACGUCAUCCAAUGCAGUGCAAUAAAUUAGUGAGAUAUUUAUAAUUUCCCGAAAAAUAGUCAUUUUGGUGGCGUGAGGACUGCCUGACAACAUUUUUCAUUGAUUUUUUUUUCUAAGUGAGCUUUAUAACUGACAAUGACAACACUACAACAAAUAAUAUGCUAAUAAUUAUAAACUAAGGGGUCACAUCCGUCUCAAAGUGCAGAGGUGCAGGGUUCGAUUCUGGCUCCCGCCUUCCUGUGUGGAGUUUGCAUGUUCUCCCUGUGCCUGCAUGGGUUUUCUCCGGGUACUCCGGUUUCCUCCCUCAUUCUUAAAAUAUUUAUGGCACUGUAAUGGAACACUCUAAAUUGUCCCAAGGUGUGAUUGUCAGUGUGAAUGGUUAUUCGACUGUGUGCCCUGGGAUUGGCUGGCAGCUUGUUCAGGGUGUAACCCGCCAACUCCAGUAUGCCCGUGACGCUUGUGAGGAUAAAAUGCAUCAGAAAAUGGAUGGAUGGAUCGUAAACAAAAUAUCCUGCUGAUAAAUGUUUUGGUUUUGUGAAUAAUAUUUUUGAAAAUCGUAUGGAGACAUUUUCAUUUGUAUGCUUUGAAGGGCAAGGAACGACACACACACAACACUGCAUUAAUUAUAUUGCAGGUGCUGCAAUGUUUGAGGAAUGAAAUUCAUGGCUUAUUUCAGUGAUUUAUUUUUAUCUUAUAUAUAAGUGAUAAGUGACUUUAUCCAAAGUGCUAGAAAAUUCAUCAGGAAUGAAAGACUGCUGUUAUAUUUCUGUGCCUCUUUUAUCUUGCCACAGUGCCUGCUGGGUUUUUGUUCUUUACACUAAGUUAACGUUUGGACGAAGUCUCUCUGACUUAAUAUUGUGUGACAUUGUACUACUCUAUCAGGUAUUAAAAAAAGACUAAUCACUGUAUCAAAACUAUGUAAACUUUACGCCCCCCCCCCCCACCCCCUUUGCUGCGUGCUAUAUCGCUGUGCCUUUUAUAUGACUGAAUUGCUGUUGUUUCACUCUGUGGCCAUGUGGUGGCAGUAUGGACCGGGAGACUCGUGUCCUUGUUCAACUGCUGCUGUCAUGAGCUCAAGAAACAAGAAAACUGUCUGAUGCCUUUAAAUUCUGCCUCUUUUUCUUGCUACUGCCUGUGAUAUGUACAAAAGUACCUUAUUUUGGCAAGAUGCUGUAUGUAGAAAUAGAUUAGGUGAUGAACUUGUUCACUCACUUGAGUGGAAUAAGUCGUCCAUAUAUCGCGCAAAGUCAGCUGAGAUAGAUUGCAACUCACUUGCUGUGACCCUUGUCAGGAUAAGCGAUUAUAGGAAAUGGAUUCAUGAAUGACUGGAAAUGAGUAGUUUUGGAGUAUGUUUGCUGUGUUUUCAUUGCAGUGCUAAUGUUUUGUAUGUGCAAUACCAUGUCAAUUUUAUUUCUGCUGUUGUAGCUGCUGAUCGAUUGGUGUGACUUGACAAUUUUAGCCUGUAUUGAAUUCAUGCUGUUUCUGUCACAAUAAUAAAAAAUAAUUUAUAACUUG